AUGGCUCGCGUCUUGUGUCGUAAUUUAAGAACAAGAUGUAAGGGGACGAGUUACGAGCCUUCCCCGGCGCGGCUCUCAAAUGGUUGGCAAACUUCGAAGAUUCCUAAAGGUAGAAGAGCCCGAUGGAUUAUUUUAAUAAAGAUGAUGAGGACAAAAAGAACGAACGCCAAAAUGGCUUGCGUCUUGUGUCGUAAUUUAAGAACAAGAUGUAAGGGGACGAAUUACGAGCCUUCCCCGGCGCGGCUCUCAAAUGGUUGGCAAACCUCGAAGAUUCCUAAAGAAGAUGAGGACCAAAAGAAUGAACGCCAAAAUGGCUUGCGUCUUGUGUC